GUAACUGACAGUCUGAACCGUCAGCGUCGCCAGCGGAGAGAACAUGGCCUCCAGCUCGGAGAAAGACCUCUCGUGUCCCGUUUGCCAGGACAUUUUCAAAGACCCGGUCGUCCUGUCGUGCAGCCACAGCUUCUGCCGGGCCUGCAUCCAGAGGUGGUGGGCGGAGAAGGAAACACGACCGUGUCCGAGCUGCAAGAGGAAGUCAUCGAGGACCGACCCUCCUCGCAACCUGGCGCUGAAGAACCUGUGCGAGGCCUUUCUGAAGGACGAGGAGCGGCGGGCGGCAGCAGGGCCCGAGCACAUGUGCAGCCUGCACGGUGAGAAGCUCAAGAUCUUCUGUCUGGACCACCAGGAGCUGGUCUGCUUGGUCUGCCGGGACUCCAGGACUCACAGAAACCACCGGUUCAGCCCCAUCGACGAGGCGGCCCAGGAUCUCCGGCAGGAGCUGCAGAGAGACCUGACACCCCUCCGGAGGAAGCUGACGAUCUUCCAGCAGGUGACGGGGGACUGCAUCUCCACGGCAGAACACCUCCAAGUCCAGGCCCGGGACACCGAGAAGGUGAUCCGCCAGCAGUUUCAGAAGCUUCACCAGUUCCUGGAAGAGGAAGAGAAGGCAAGGGUGGAGGCGCUGAGGGAGGAGAAGGAGCAGAAGAGUCGGGCGAUGAAGGAGAAGGUGGAGGCUCUGACCUGGGACAUGGACGCUCUUUCAGACACGAUCAGAGCGACGGAGACGGAGCUGAGAGCCGGAGACGUCUCGCUGCUGCUCAACCACAAGGUGGCGACCGGGAGGGUCAAGCAGGGCCCGGUUCUGCAGGACCCGGAGCCGGUUUCAGGGGCUUUGAUAGAUGUGGUCAAACAUCUGGGAAACCUGACCUUUAACAUCUGGAAUAAGAUGAAGGACUUGGUGAAGUACAGUCCCGUGACCCUGGAUCCAAACACCGCCGACCCAGAGCUCGUCGUGUCUGACGACCUGGUGAGCGUCACAUCCGGGGGGUCGGAAGAUCUGCCGAGAAACCCGGAGAGGACCAGGUUUCCCGGCACCGUCCGGGGCUCCGAGGGGGUGAAGUCAGGGACUCACUGGUGGGCCGUGGGUGUUGGACGCAACGCUGACUGGGAGGUGGGAAUGCUGGAAGACGAUUGUGGCGACACAGCGGAGCCGCGGCGGUGGAGGAUUUCACUCAAGGACGGCAGAUACAAGGCCUUGACUGGAUCGGGCUCGGAGAAACACCUGCAGGUGGAGGCGCCCUGGUGGAUCUGGGUUCAUCUGGACUUCGACAAGGGGAAGCUGUUGUUCAGGGAUCUUAACACAAAAACAGUCGUGCACAUCUUCACGCACACGUUCACGGGCGAGAUGUUUCCUUACGUGUACACUCAGAGUUCAGUCCCACUGAAGAUCAUGACACGCAAGGCUUCCGUGACGACAGCGUUUGACAGGUAAGGAGGCGGGACCAGACCCUGAACCCCGAGACGAGUCAACAUCCCCUGGAAGGUCGUAUCAUCGUCCGCCUCGUUUGCAUUUGACGUUCUUGUCUGACUUGUGGACUUGUGGACUCUGACUGGGACUCGUUCAGCUCCAGCGAGUCUCAGCGUUUCAGUUCCAGAUUAAAAUGUUGGCUGAUCUGUGAACGUGAAUCCAGGAAAGAUGUUUCUGCAUGAUGAUCUAACAGUAACUCAUGAUGAUUGAUAAUGAUGAUUGAUCAUGUGACUGGUGACGGGACCGUUGUCUCAGACAAUCCUGUAAAUAUUGAUGACUGAUGUCUGAUAAACAAUCAAAGCCACUCUAUGUAGAAAUACCACGUCUGACCUCAUGGGGGCAGCGAUCACGAGAUGAAGUCGUGUUACAAGAGAGGUCGGACCAGACGAGAGCUUGAAAAGCCAGUUUCCUUGUUUCCCCGUUUCUUUGUUUCUCGUUUCUUUGUUUCCUUGUUUUUGCCACUUUAGAAGUGAGAGAAAGACCAGGGGCCUCAUGUACUAAGAGUGCGUGGAUUUCAACGUGAAUCCGUACGUGGAAUUAACGAGACCGCAAAAAUUAAUAUGUACAAAGCUGUGCGUACGCCCAAAUCCACGCACGUUUCUCUGUACAUCCCAAUCAGCGUGGAUUUGAGCGCACAUGCGGGAACACAACACUCCGCCUUGUCUCCUCCCUCAAAUAUAUGUUUGAAUAUGAUAUGAAGAUAAUUAUCCAUUAAAAACCGCUCAUCCUAACAAGAAAAUGCUCUGAGCUGGAAUAAAUAAUUCAUUUUGGGGCAUUUAGGGGUGUCGGACUCCAGUCCUCGAGGGCCGGUGUCCCUGCAGGUUUUAGAUGUUUCUCUGCUUCAUUGCACCGUGAUACAAGUGACUGUGUCAUCAACAGAACUAUCCAGACUUUGAUUACAAGUUGGUGAUGAUGAUUAAUUAGAAUCAGGUGUGUUAAAGCAGGGAAACAUCUAAAACAUGCAGGACACCGGCCCUUCUGGGAUUCAGUUUGACACCUAAAUUAUGGUGUUCUUUGCUCUGCGUUGCGUUCCGUGAAGAGUUGUGGUUUUAUUAUGAUCGUACGGGUUUGUGAAUGUUUAUGGGCAGCGUUAGUGCAUCAUUACACUCUGCUUUUCUUGUUUGUAUUUUAAGAACCGUCACCAGAAUUUUUGGUGGAUGAAAAACGGCUCCUCGUUGUUUAUUGUCAUGCAUAUUAUAUACUGACGGAUUAAGACCAAUGUACACGUUUAUUGAGUCUUACACAUUAUGGAUGUCCGCGAUCACCACUCUCAUAAAUGUGAACAAAAUACAUUUAUAUUUAAAACAUGAAGCAUUACGAUCUGAUUCCUCCGCUGCAGAAAUAAAGACAAUUUGUCCCGACGGGAUUAUCGAGGUGCAAACGUGAGAAAUAAAGAGCAAAGUUGCUGUAACUCGGAGUGUUGCAUCCGCAGGAGGAGAGACAGGUGUCGUGCCAAAAAGUGAUUGAAGGCCAAAUACAGUUAAUGAAAGGUUGUUUCUGCCUAAAUAUGACUUGAUCUCAUUCUUGAGCUUCAUAAUCUGAAAUCUGACGGUUUAGCGCUCUCGCUCAACGGGCUGCUGUGCGCGCUCCCGCGGCCAGAAAUCAGAAGAAAUCAGAUUCUGGCAGGCAAUCACUUUUUGGCACAACACCGGUUUUUGCUUCAAAAUUAAUUUUAAUGUAUUUCUGUCCAGACACAGUUAUGGGAUGUUUAGGAUCUGGCUUUUAUCAGUAGUCCUCCCAUACGGUCGUCAUGACGACAGACAGAUGUCCGACCUGCAGCUCCAGCUGAAGCAUCAUGUUGGUCUGAACCGGAGCAGCUGGUCCAGUUCAGGAGAGAGAUCCAGAAGAUCCUCUUGGUACCUGAACCAGCUGAUGGUCCAGUCUUAGUCCUGGACCAGCAGAUGCGUUUGGUGCCUGAGGACUCGCUCCUGAUCCUGCAUCAGCAGGUUCCUCUAACGGAGCCAAAGCUCCAUCAGGAUUUGCGGGUUCUCUCGUUGAGCUCCUCUAGUUGUAUGUUCAGAUCAUGUGGUUGAUUGUGAGAUUGUUGCAGCUCCACUCUUGUGUAACUUAUCUGGUGAUGUCGGGACUGUCGUGUCCUUCACGUGGUCGUGAACUUAUUGUUGACGUUACGUUUCCUCAUAUUCUGCACUUCACUGCAUCACCAGUGAGUGUCGCCAACGGACAAAACCUCAGAAAAGUGCGUACGCCAGCCUUAAUGUGAGUGAAGGACCACAGCUUUCUACGUUCACGUCAUUCUUUGUACAUCCGACCGUGAGCGUUGAAAGUGGCGUACGCACGUUUUUUGUGCGCCGCACUCUUAGUACAUAAGGGACAGGUCUUUGAGAACGGUUGGGACACGCCCACCUUGUGUCAAUCCCAGACCUGUUUUAGCUUAGCUGACCCGGCUGGUUGCCAUGGAAACACCGUAACUAUCAGAGCUACCCUGGGACAAAGGUUGGGUUGUAGUCGGGUCCGCCUCCCGGCGGCUGAUUGGCUGGAAGUGUCCUGAGAUGAUCGGCUGAUCGGCUGAUUGAUCCACACUCACCAGUAGAUCUAGAUCUCCCCCACCUGGUCAGAUGUGGUACUGCUACAAGAAGAGUCUUAAAUGCUGCCGGUAAAACUUGGUGGUUGAGGGAAAUAAAAUAAAAAUAUUGAAUCUUUUUAUUUUGUAAACAUAAAAGAUGUGUGUGCUUUUAAAACUGCCAUAAUAAUAUAAUUUACCUUUAAUAUAUUUUACCUUUAUUGUGAGGUGAAAUUCACUUUGACUUUGGACAGCAGGGAGUUAUAUAAUAUACAUAUAUAUUUGGUAUUUGGAGCUAAUUGUUUUUGAAGUGAUUUAUAAAGGUUGUGGAUGAAAUAAAAUAAAUGGAAACAUGUUGAUCAGGAGUAUGUUGAUUAUCUUCAACUAUCCAGAUAACAACAAUAACAACUGAUAACUGACAUCACUUGUGUUAAUAGCUCAAUUGUAACUAAGACAAUUUCUUUAAACAAUUAUUCUUCAUUUGAGCAUCAUUUUGUUUGUAUUGUAAUGGGAAAUUUUGGUAUAACAAUGUUUACACAAAUCCUGUUUUCAAGUGAACAUUCCUUGGCGAGGUCAUGCUCCUUUGACACAGAGACUAGCACGGUUGCCAUGGGCGAUAUUUUGUCUAGUUGUUCCCAACCUGCCCACUAUAAGAUAGCAUGUCUCUAAACAUCUUCAGCUCACUCAGGACUGACUGUUCGUCUGAUCAGUUGUACUGUGUGACUCCAUUCAUGAAUGUUUCUCUUUUCAUUAAAACUCAAGA